UUGUAAACAACUCACCAAAUUGAACUUUGCACAUUUCUGAAUUUUGAUCUCGUUGAAAGUCUGCUAAUUUUGUUCCUUGGACCUCAAUAUCAUGGCUUUAUCUGCAUUUGCAAAUACAGUAAUCCUGUUAAUGACAGGGUGCUUUUUAAUGGUGAUCGGCGGUGGUUUAAUAGCAGUUUUUAAACGAGUAAUCCACAAUGUGAUUUCACAGAAAAUGCCUCUGAUAAAUGGAACAGAAUCCUAUGAAACUUGGAAAGAUCCCCCAGUUCCAGUCUAUAUGGAAUUCUGGGUAUUUGACCUGGUCAAUCCAAAUGAGUUCCUGGAAAAUGGCUCCAAGCCUGUCGUAAAGCAGCUGGGCCCUUAUGUCUACAGAGAGGUCCGAACCAAGCAAGAGUUGAUCUUCCAUAAAAAUGACACGCUGUCAUAUAAAGAGCCAAAAACUUAUGUAUUUGAUCCAGACAAAUCUACAGGGAGUGAAGAUGACACCAUUACAUCCGUCAAUUUACUGUUUGUAACUGUUGUAGAUGCUCUGGACCGACUGGCCCCAGGAUGGAUUAAGAAAUUAGGUGGAGAAUAUGUUGUGGACAAGUUACUCGGGUUGUUGGGGAACCAUGUGUUUACAAAGCAGAAAGUCGGAGAUGUGAUCUGGGGAAAACCUAAUCUUGUUCUAGAGCUCAUCCAUGAUAUUUUGAAAACGUUUCACAUCGAUGUUGCCAUUCCCGAGGAAGUUGGAUUAUUCGCUGGGCAAAAUGGCACAGAUGACGGGCUGUAUACAGUCUACACAGGGACUGGAGGCAAACUGGAUAAUCUGAAUAUCAUAAACAAAUGGAAUGGCGAAAGUUCAUUACCCUAUUGGAAUGGAACACUGUGUAACAUGAUCAAUGGGACAGAUGGCACCCUCUAUCAUCCAUUCGUGGAUAAGUCUGAAACUUUGUAUCUAUUCUCGACAGAUAUAUGCAGGUCCAUCUAUGUCACAUAUGACAGCGAUCAAACGAAUUAUGGGAUACAGCUCUAUCGUUUCGUUCCUCCGCUUGAAGUCUUUGCCAAUCACACUGAAAAUCCAGUCAAUAAAGGCUAUUGUCGUCCUGACUGCCUCGGAGCUGGUGUUCUUGAUAUAACUCCUUGCAAAGGUGCACCUGUGAUUAUCUCCCAGCCCCAUUUUUACCAAGCAGCACCUUAUUAUAUUAAUGCCAUUCAGGGCAUGCAUCCGAACAAAGAGGAACAUGAAACGUUUGUAGAUGUUGAACCAAACACUGGUGCUGUCAUGAAUGCAGCCAAGAGGUUACAGAUAAAUAUCCACUUAAAGAAUAUUUCAGAUGUCACUGAAUUGGCCAAGAUUCCUCCAACGAUUUUCCCUGUGGCCUGGGUGAAUGAGACUGCUAAAAUAGACGAAGCAACAGCAGAUAAAUUUACUCACGAGGUGAUGCUGCCUAUUUUAGCCACAACAAUUGUACAGUACGCUCUGAUGGCAUUAGGCUUCCUGUUAAUACUUGUGGGGAUAGUCUAUGCCUCAAAGAAGAGAGUGUGUCACAGAAAACAGGCUGGAUAUCAAUCAAUCAAUGGAGAAGUCAAAGAAGAAGACUCUGUUUCUCCAGUAAAUACUUAGUGAGGAGCGGGCUAGUUCAAGCAAUACUGUAAACCUAUAAAUGUUUUCAUGGCCAUUUUAUUCUGCAGUUUUGUAAGUUGCACAACCCCGUAACAGUACUUUCAAAAAUAAAUAUUCUUUUUUGCCACCAUGUAUUUACGUGAUUGUCUAUAAACGAAAACAUAAAAGCGUCCAACAAAUACUCACAUCUGUGAUUGCUAAUUUUCACUGCUUAUUCACCAUAUCUCACCAACGAAAAUGAUGUGACCUAUUUUGGCUCUGAGCCAUAACAUUUUCAGUUUAAAAUAUUGUCACAUUUUGUGCUUAAAUAGAUUAGUGUUAUAAUUUUAUAGUGGGGUCAUCUGUUCAAUAAAGUAAAAAUUAUAUAUAUCUUUUUAGACAGAACUGCAUUUUGUUGGUGGUCCCCAACUUUGGUGUUUUGAUUUGAGAUUCUGAAAGACGUCUUUUCUUUUGUUGAGGUACGAUUACCUUUAUUUUGUACAUUGAUGUGCUAGUACAUGUAUAUAGUUGAGCAGUAUUUUAUAUAUUCUAGAAAUAUUUCCCACCUGAGCUCGGGUGUUAAACUGCUGAAUAUGUAAUCUUUUUCUGUGUACAAUGUAGAUCUUAGUGUGUCAUGACCCAGGGCUGGGUCUUUGCCAUGAUUAAAUAUCAUACAUGUAUGUUCUGAGUCGCACAUUUCAAAGCGCUGUGAUGAACUUUGGACAACGUUUAUCGGUAUGCAAUUAAAAUUUUUACUUUGAAUAUUAUGUUUUGCCGCAUGUUACUGAGACUUGAUAAAUUACGAGUAGGGCUGAUUCAUGAGAGCGUUCCCCCACUAAGUCCAUUGGGAAAUGUUUGGGGCUCUGGGACGUAAAUUACUCGUCAUAUUUCUUUAAAAUUCAGGUUUUAUAAAUGAAACUUUAUCCAGUUCCACUAUUUUGUAAUGUUAGUUGACCAUUUUCCACUACAUUGUAUUAUAAUGGUAGUUGAUCAUGUUCCACUAUUUUGUAAUGUUAGUUGACCAUUUUCCACUACAUUGUAUUAUAAUGGUAGUUGAUCAUGUUCCACUAUUUUGUAAUGUUAGUUGACCAUUUUCCACUACAUUGUAUUAUAAUGGUAGUUGAUCAUGUUCCACUAUUUUGUAAUGUUGACACUUGAUCCUGAUGGUGGUGUACUUGAUUAAGUCCCACUACAUGUAAGUAGUUUUUAAUUAAAUGGUGCUACAUUGUACCAAUCAUUUCUUAAAGUACUUGAUAAUUGUUUGUGAUAGUAUUUGGCAAUGGACCAAUCUUUUGUAACGGUAAUUACAACAUGUUCAACUAUUUUGUAGCACGGUACUUAUUGCAAUAUUUGGUAUAUUUUCUGGUUACCAUUAUGUAUUGAUUGAUGCCAAGAAAACAUUCCAAAAGUUAAAUAUUGUUAAUGUUUUUUACUACAUGUUCAUGGAAAAUUGAUGAUGCAAUGAGAGUUGAACGUCAGGGGGGAGGGAGGGGGGCUAACAGUUGAAGUAGACUUUACAAAGCAUCUUUAAAUCUUUAAAUAUUCAAAAUGGUAGAGUAGAAUCCACCUAUUCGCACUGUCGAUUUCUUCCACGGCAUGUUCCCUAGUACAACCAAUGAGAAAAUGUACACGUAAGAUGGCAAAUCAAGGUCCAUUUGGUGUGUAGCAUGUCACAUGCAUCCUAAGAACAGGGAAGAACUGCACAAGCAAACAAAAUAAUGGAUACACAGCCCAAUGUCACUGUUGGUAUGGUCCAUAUGCACUGUGGCCACAUGUACAAGAUAUGUAUUGGCCUGCACAUGGUAUAGAAUUCUAGUGCUCAUUUUAGUUGUCUUGUGCUGAUUUUCUACAGAUUUGAUGCGAUCAAAAUAAUCUGUUUACAAAUGUGCUGCGGAUAACCUUCACUGAAAGUGAUAAUAAACAUAGCAUCCCUGUAUCAAAAGUGUCCUCGGUUAUCAUUCAGAUUUUCCAAACACAAGUGCUAAAUUUACUAAAUAAAAGUUGCAAACACUA